AUGAUGGAAUCCUGUUCUUCCAUUAGCAUGAUGGAUUCUUGUUCUACCCUGGGCAUGUCGCAUUCUACCCUCUCUGGUAGUGGUAACGGCAACACCAACAACAGUCCCAACAAGAUCCCCGUCUUGUUGGAGGCGUGCAAAGAGCAGCAUCAACAAGUCUUGGCCAAACGCAAGAGAGCCAUGCUCCGUCAUUCCAGGUCGUUUGAUAGCACCAACGGUGGGCCUCCACAAUCCUUUAUCCGAAGACCCCGUCAAAGCAAGACCAGACCUCGCCGUCACAGGAGUACCCCCGUCAAGGAAGCCGAACCAGAAGAAGAAGAAGAAGAGAUUAUCAUUAUCGUCACAGAAGAAGAAGAAUAUGAACAUGAUGAGCCCAUUGUCGUCAAGGAAAAUCGAUGGGACAGUGGAAAACCUGCCCCAGAAUCAACGGCAGCUCGGAUGGAGAACAACUCAGCAGCAAUUAGGAUGGGACAGCCACAAUUGCAACGAAGUUCCUCUCACACGUCAUCGUCCCGUUGGGAUACCGGUACCGACUCGGGUCACUCGCGAAGAUCGUCUACGUGUCCGAUCCUCCCACCAUCUCGCCAAGAUUCCUUUACCGAACUGUCGCCCGAAGAUUUGAUCAUGGAUGCACGACCAACAAUUCCAACCACCAUCAGUACAACUACUAGUACUAGUACAAGUCCCAAGGUACCCCAACGAACACACAGCUCGGACGCCAAUCGAAGGCCCCUGCGUUGCUAUUCCCCACAACGAUGCGUGUCGCCUGCUCGGAUGGCAUGA